AUGUUCAACCAGUGGUUAGAGUGUCACCGAACUUUAUCAAACAUAGCUCUUGGCGCCUACACGUACAACAGUUCUGCUCAUUACAUCAACACAACUUUAAUGAUGACGUCAUUUUUCACCGUUGACGGUAAACACGGUCUGAACGAUAAUUCAGUUAUGUGUUCUUUGACAGUGCCAGGGUUCGAGCCCCACUGGAUCGGUGUCGACCUUGGAAAUUUGUUCACUGUAUUCUACAUCGUUAUCUGCGCUGGCUCAAACUAUGGAUUCUUGGCAGCCAGGAAUGAUUUGGAUUACUUGAUAGUGGGGGUGAGCAACAGAUCCCUGGAUGUUCACCCGCCAGUGAGAGGCACCUACGAUCUCUGCGCUCAAUAUCCAGGUGUGGUUGCUUUGAAGCAGGUGGUUCAGUUGAAUUGUUCCUCUACUACGCCUCCAGCCAGAUACGUCAUACUGCAACAACCUUCCAACUCUACUGGAUACAUGUCCGUCUGCGAAUUCGAAGUCUAUGGAACUCCCUACGGAACACACAGAGAGAACAUUCUAUACAACAAACCCGGGACCUCGAGUUCGGUCUACUAUGAAUUAAAAACAGCCCACCAGUGUGGUGCAUUCUCAGCGACUCCUGUGGUUGACGGCUUCCACGACACUCUCUUUUACAACUGCCACUGUGGAUCGACCGACGACAAGUCGGCUGGGGCAAAUUGGUUCAUGUUUGACCUGCAGGGCACCUACUACGUGGAUCACAUCAUUUUCACCGCCCGGCUCGAUUAUUACGCCGGAGAUCACAGACUGGACAACUUUUACGUCGGUUUCUCCAACCAGCCCAGCUCAGUAUCUCCACCAAUCAGAAAUCAGUACCCCCUCUGCGGCCAGUGGCCCGGUUAUGUGGUCCCUGGAUCUAAGGUGCUUAUGAAGUGCAACGCCAACCUUCCCUCCUUCACGUAUCUCAUUGCCCAACAGGCUCUAAACGCGGCCGAUGGUUAUUUUACCAUCUGUGAACUGGAGGCUUACGCACCAAUUUCCAGAAAUUUUUUGGUCUGGAAAAGAAAAUUCGGCUUCUAUUUGAGUGGCUACAGAGUUCAGACAAUGAGUGUAAGAAGUGCCACUGAAUGUUUCCAUCAGGUUCGUCAGGUUGGCGGAUGUGAUUCCAUUAACUUCAAUGCAGCUACCAAGACAUGCGAACUCAACAAACAUCAGAAUGGAUACAACGGUUUGGUUUCAAAUGCUAGCUGGGCAUUUUAUGUGGUCCAGUACAAUUGA